AUGGAGCUCGAGGGUGUCACGGAGGUUCAACCGGCCGACGAGGACUUCCAGUAUCUCUUCAGCAAAGAACACUCCGCCUCCUUCUGUCCCCCAUCGUCCACCUCCAAAUCCCUCGCACCCCUCGCCUACUCCUCCACCACCCCCUCCACCCCCGUCCCGCUCAUCGCGCUCGACUGCCGCGGGCUCGAAAUCACAAAAUACCACUUCUCGGGUCGAUGGCGGUGUAAAGGCGAAGAGAGCGGGACAGAGUUUGAGUAUGACCUGGACGAAAUUAUGCAGGAUGGUGGAGACGAGGGGAGGUGGGAUGAUUAUGACGAGAAGGCGGGGGCGGCGGUAGGGGUGAGCGAGAUGAAGGCGGUGAUUCAGCGUAUGUAG